GUGAAGCCUUUGGAAACACUGUAGUGUCAUUAUGAAUAUCAAAUCCUAAGACUGAUCCUUUGGAAAUUAUUUUGUUGAAAUUACCAAAUAAUCGCCACGUCGUCUCAUUAACGUUGAACUCAGACUCUCCAUCACUCACUCAUUCAGCAGCCAUGACAGAGUUCUGGUUGAUUUCUGCUCCCGGAGAGAAAACCUGUCAGCAGACAUGGGACAAACUAAUGACGGCCACAACACGCACCAACAACCUCUCCACCAACAACAAGUUCAACAUUCCUGAUCUCAAGGUCGGCACUUUAGAUGUGCUAGUGGGACUGUCUGAUGAGCUGGCCAAGCUGGACGCUUUUGUGGAGAGUGUGGUGAAGAAGGUGGCUCAGUACAUGGCUGACGUGUUGGAGGACAGUCGAGAUAAAGUGCAGGAGAAUCUGCUGGCUAAUGGAGUGGAUCUGGUCACCUACGUCACGAGAUUUCAAUGGGAUAUGGCCAAAUACCCCAUCAAACAAUCCUUGAAGAACAUUUCUGAGAUCAUUUCCAAGCAAGUCUCACAGAUCGACAAUGACCUGAAAGCUCGAGCAUCGGCCUACAACAACCUGAAGGGAAACUUACAGAAUCUAGAGAGGAAGAAUGCAGGGAGUCUGUUGACCAGGAGUUUGGCUGAUAUUGUCAAGAAAGACGACUUUGUGCUGGAUUCGGAGUACCUCAUUACUUUACUUGUAGUGGUACCAAAGACAAAUUAUACUGACUGGCAGCGCACGUAUGAGACUCUUGCAGAAAUGGUGGUGCCACGAUCUACAAAUUUGCUUUUUGAGGAUCAUGACAGCGGUCUAUUUACCGUCACACUCUUCAGAAAGGCUAUCGAUGACUUCAGACACAAGGCCAGAGAAAACAAGUUCACGGUUCGAGAUUUCCAGUACAAUGAGGAGGAGAUGAAAGCGGAUAAGGAGGAGAUGACCAGACUCUCCACUGACAAGAAGAAACAGUUUGGUCCACUUGUUCGGUGGCUGAAAGUGAACUUCAGCGAGGCGUUUAUUGCUUGGGUCCACAUUAAAGCUCUGAGGGUCUUUGUGGAGUCAGUCUUGAGAUAUGGAUUGCCAGUGAAUUUCCAAGCAAUGCUGCUCCAGCCCAAUAAGAAGAAUAUGAAGAAGCUGAGGGAGGUUUUGUACGAUCUUUACAAGCAUCUGGACAGCAGCGCUGCCGCCAUUAUUGACCAAUCUGCUAUGGACAUUCCUGGCUUGAACCUCAGCCAGCAGGAAUACUAUCCCUAUGUGUACUACAAAAUCGACUGUAACCUGCUGGACUUCAAAUAGAAGCGCUGUCCUUUUCUCCUCCAUCAUGUGCCCGUCCUUUUGUUUUCGUCUCUGUGAAUAAAUCUAAGUUAAAUGAAACUGUAUACUGCUGAACUCUUGAUCUAGUCUCCCCAUCAUCACGCAUGCUCAUUCAUAUUCAGAGGUACUUCUCUAUUGCUGUUUAAAUCAAUGGCGGCGGGAGAGUAUCUAUAUCUGCCGCCCGUUGUGUUUUGUUUACAUUUUUUUUUAAGAGAUCGUCAUUGUGUUAUCAUCUGUGCAGGUGAAUGAAAUCAUGCGUUUAAGUCAUUCCAUUCAUGUUCUGUGACGUGUUGAAGGUAGUGCUAGAUAAUACUGUGUGUUUUUAACCCUUUAUUCUUUUUGACAUGCAUCGGUGGUUCAUUUAAAACAAACAAAACGGCCGAAAAAACUAAACAAAGUGUUACAAAGAUGCAAUAUAAAUGUGAUGUUAUGUACAUUUGGUGUUUAAAAGAGUUAUAUGUGCAAAACUAUUGUGUCAUGGAACCAAAAUAUUAAAUUAUAUAAGUACAUAGAAA